UUCUGCAGCAAAAAAUUUCAAACACCAGAUAAGUACUUAUACAUACUAACCUACUUUAUUCAGAGAAUUAUUUAUAUUCUAUUGUAGUUUAUCAUGUAAACAGAAUGUUUCCGAACCGUCUGAUCCAAUAAUCCAAAUAAACAAAAACAAACGAUGUAACUAAAAGGAUGUAAACAAGAAAACAGAACAGCAAACGACAUCCUUAGAUUUUAGAGAAACUCGUAUGAGAUUUACGAAGUUCUGCGCAGUCUGUGCCUCGUGUUUUCAGCAGCAUUCAGUGAGGGUUGGUUCAGUGGAGGCCUGGACCGCAUGCCCUUCGCACGUGCGACGGUGCCGCGAAGCCGCUGUGAGCGUCGGAAAGUUUUCCGAAAUCCAACGAAACGUUUCAAACGAUGUGCGAAGUUUAAUAUCUGUUGUCUGGUUGAGUGAUUUGUUGGUUGAUUAGUAGUUUUAAAAAGUGAAAAACUUGUUUUAACUUUUGUGGUGUUGUGAUGUGGUUUAGAUUGCAGUAACAUCUCGUUAGGUUAAAAAUAAAGUGUUAAAUCUAAGUAAAGCACAACUUAAGUGAAUUUAUUAUCUUAGCAUACCGAAUUUACCAAGUAAUGUUGUAGUCUUUGAGAGUGAGUGAAAUUUCGUAAUUAAUGGAAUAUUUCAUGAACAUAAUGUCUAAUCGCAAAAUGAAGAUACAUUUAGCGAAUAUUUCCCUAACAUGUGAUGACAUGUGAAAUAUGUAUCCAGUUACUUAAAGGUGAAAUAAUAAUAGCUAAAUUGAGUAUUAAGUGUAAUAAAGUGAUUACUUACGUAAUAUACUUAUAACUGUAAAAUUAUGGAAAAUUUUAUAAAUAGAUAGAGUAUAAAGGAAAACCUAUGUGUAGCUGAAAACAAAGGCGGAACAAUGCAGGACAUGGAGGUCGUGUACACCUGGGAGAUGGAUUUCAACAAGAGUCUCCUCGGCGCGUCUACAGUCCUGGUACCUCGCAAGGCGACCGCGAGCCCGGCCACAGACAGCGGCUCCAUGCCCACCUGGGCGUACCACUCCUGGCUCUGCCUGUUUGCUGCUAUGCUGGUCACGGCGAUCGGAGGGAACGCUAUCGUCAUAUGGAUUGUUAUAGCGCACCGGCGGAUGAGGACGGUCACCAACUACUUCCUCGUGAACCUGUCGCUGGCCGACCUGAUGAUGGCGUCGCUCAACUGCCUCUUCAACUUCAUCUACAUGCUGCACAGUGACUGGGUGUUCGGGGCGUGGUACUGUCAGCUGAGCAAUUUCAUCGCUAACGUGACGGUGGCGGCGAGUGUGUUCACACUCACUGGCAUCUCCUUCGACAGGUACCAAGCGAUAGUGCGUCCGAUGCGGCCGAGGAUGUCCAAGACGUGCUCCCUGAUCAUGAUCGCCGUGAUCUGGGUGAGCGGCAUGCUGCUGGCCAUACCCUGCCUCAUGUACUCGACCACUAAGGAAUACAGGUUCAAAGGGAAGCUGAAAACCGCUUGUCUUAUAUCGUGGCCCGAUGGGCUACCCGACGUGUCUUAUAUGGACUUCAUGUACCAGUCGCUAUUCUUCGUAGUGACGUACGCGGUGCCGAUGCUGGGCAUGUCGUUCUUCUACACGGCCAUGGGACGCGUGCUGUGGGGCUCCGGCACCAUCGGGGAGCUCACCCAGCGGCAGCUGGACUCCAUACGGUCCAAGAGAAAGGUUGUGAAGAUGUUCAUCCUAGUGAUAGUGAUAUUCGGCAUCUGCUGGCUGCCGUAUCACUUGUACUUCAUAUACACGCACUUCGACCCGUCUAUAUUGUACAAGAAAUACAUCCAGCACAUAUAUUUAGGAUUCUACUGGCUGGCCAUGGCAAACGCUAUGGUAAAUCCGAUAAUUUACUACUGGAUGAAUGCCAAGUUCCGCACCUACUUCCGUACGGCGAUGUGCGGCUGGCGGCUGGCGCUGCGCCGCCGGAAGCCGGCCCCGCCCGACUCGCCGCCGGAUUGCGCCUCGCAGUCCGGCAGCCGAUCCCGAUCAGGUUUUUACUCGUUAACGAUACGACUUUACCGCUAUCGAGAAACCCAGAAACUCAAGAGGAAAUGCAGCGAGCGGGUGGCCUCGAUCGUCGUGUCGGGUGCAGGGGAGCCUCAGCAAUAUGCCGAGACCGUCUUCGCUUGCUAGCUGCCCCCGGUGCCCCCACAGUUGCUACGACGCGUACAUUCAUGGUCGGAAGGCGUAAGUGAUCGACAUUAAUGUGAUUGUGAAUAAAAAUUUUACAAAAGUGAAAAUUGUGCAUGUGUAAAACAGGGUUUUAUUUUAUCGAAGUGAAGUAAACGAACAGUGUUCACUAUGAAAAUGACAUGAAAUUUUAACUAUAUUAGUACUAAUUAAGUACCAAUAGUACUUCUAUGGGUAAAAUGAUAAGAGAAGAACAUUUCACUUGUACAUAUUAAUGUUUUUAUACCUGUAGAACUGCUUUGUUUUCAAAUCGGUAAGAAUAUAAUAUGAUAAAAAUGUUAGUACCUAAGUACCUAGAUAGUCAUUAAUACUGGUCAUAAAAUGACUGCGCUUUUGGAGAUUAUAUUUUGAAUAGGUAAUUAUGUAAUAGCUCGUAUCAAAAUAAUAUUACUAUCUAAAACUUUAAUAAGUUUUAAAACGCUUUAUUAUACUUAUACUUAUUUAGGUACAUAAUUAUUAUAUUAUUUGUGUAUAAUAUAUUGUAUAGCAAGUUUCCUAUUUACUUUUCAACACUUGUUAUUCUAUGAUUUGAACACAUUGAAAUAUCCAGUCCAGUCCGGAGUAGUGGACUAGGCCCAAAACCCUUCCUUCACUGGAACUUCACAUUCCGUGCUCCAGCAGUGGGGACGUGAUGGGUUGUGAAUCACAUUUUUUAUCACAACUUGUGAUAACAAAAAUG